UUAAGAGAAUAUGGAGAGUUCAUAUAAGCUUUUGUUGGUUGCCCUUGUAACUUUCGCUACAGUUCGCUUUGUUCAAGCUCAGGACGAAGGGUUUAUCAGUUUGGAUUGCGGGUUAUCCCCGACUGAACAGUCUCCUUAUACUGAGUCUGCAACUGGAUUACAGUACUCAUCAGAUUCAAGUUAUAUCCAAACUGGAAAAAUUGCUAGGAUUCAGAGAGAUCUUGAGGGACCUCACUUAAAGCCUCAAACAACGGUUAGAUACUUUCCAGACGGAAUACGCAACUGUUACAAUAUUACGGUGAAGCAAGGAACCAAGUAUAUGAUCAGAGUUAGAGCAAUAUAUGGGAAUUACGACGGUCUUAAUACUUAUCCUAGAUUUGACUUGUACAUAGGCCCUAAUUUCUGGAUAACACUAGACACUAAAGAGUAUGUCCGGAAGGAGAUCGUUCACAUCCCAAGAUCAAACAUGUUGGACCUGUGCCUUGUCAAGACGGACACGUUCACGCCAUUUAUAUCGGCCAUCGAAAUGAGGCCGCUACCAAAUAACAGUUAUAUCACCACAUCGGGUUCGUUGAAAUUGUUUUCGCGGUAUUAUUUUAGCAAUUCAGAGGACGUACUAAGGUACUCCGAGGAUGUCUAUGAUAGAAUGUGGAAUUCAUACAAUCAAACAGACUGGAAAGAGAUAUCCACAAGUCUUACGGUGAACACUUCCGAUAGUUUCCGUCUUCCUCAAAAUGCUAUCAAAACCGCUGCAACAUCUGCGAAUGCCAGCGAGCCAUUGAUAGAUAUCGAGUUUCCAGAAUCUGCUAAUGAUAAAGUUUACAUUUACCUCCACUUUUCUGAGGUCCACGCCUUAAAAGCCAAUGAGACUAGAGAGUUCGACAUUUCUUUAAACGGAGAAUCGAUAAAAGAUUCGUACAAGCCUUUAUAUCUUCAGUCCGAAACGUUAAGCAACCCGUCGCCAGUUAUCUGUACAGGCCAAAAAUGCAUCGUAAAGCUGACGAGAUCGGGGAAGUCUACACACCCACCUCUGCUUAACGCCAUUGAAGGUUUUGCGGUUGCCGAUUUUCUACAGUCUGAAACUGAUGAAAAUGAUGGUACAAACUUGUCUUCAAAUGGAUUGGCGGGAACUAUAGACGCUGGAAUUCAAAAUCUUACCCAUCUAGAAAAGUUGGACUUGUCAAAUAAUAGUUUGACUGGUGUAAUCCCCGAAUUUCUAGCUAACAUGAAAUCCUUGAUGAUCAUAAAUUUGAGCAAGAACCAUCUAAAUGAUUCAAUUCCACAAGCUCUCCGCGAUAGAGAAAAGGAAGGACUGAAGUUAUCUGUUGAUGGACAUGCUAUAGCAUGUCUACCUGGUUCAUGUGUCUCAAAGAAGAAAUUUCCGGUGUUGAUUGUUGCACUAGUUGCUUCAGUGGUGGUUGUGGUCAUAGUAAUGGUACUGGUUUUCAUUUUUGUGUUCAGAAAGAAAAAGACAUCAGAUCAUGUGGAAGCAAUACCCCGGUCAGUAGUUACUCCAGGGGCGAAUUUUACGUCCACAAAUACGUCUGAGACAUCGAUCGAGACGAAAAAGAGAAGGUUCAGUUAUGCAGAGGUAAUGCAAAUGACAAACAACUUGGAAAGAGCUCUAGGUGAAGGAGGGUUUGGUGUCGUUUAUCAUGGUUAUCUGAACGGUUCUCAGCAAGUAGCUGUUAAAGUACUUUCUGAAUCAUCAUCACAAGGCUAUAAACACUUCAAAGCAGAGGUUGAACUUCUUCUGAGGGUUCACCACAUAAAUUUGGUAAACCUUGUUGGGUAUUGUGAUGAACGAGAUCACUUGGCUCUCAUCUAUGAAUACAUGCCCAGUGGAGACUUAAAAGAACAUUUGUCAGGAAAACGAGGUGGCUCUGUUUUGAAUUGGAGUACUCGAUUACGAAUAGCUGCCGACGCUGCACUAGGAUUGGAAUACUUACAUAUUGGAUGCCAACCAUCAAUGGUGCACAGAGAUGUCAAAAGUACGAACAUAUUGCUGGGCGAGCAGUUCUCAGCCAAAAUUGCAGAUUUUGGCCUUUCAAGAUCUUUUCAACUUGGAGAUGAAUCCCAUGUUUCGACGGUUGUUGCUGGUACUCCUGGAUAUCUUGACCCUGAAUAUUACAGAACAGGUCGGUUGGCAGAAAUGAGUGAUGUCUAUAGUUUUGGGAUUGUAUUAUUGGAGAUCAUCACAAAUCAACGUGUCAUUGAUCAAAGCCGUGAAAAGCCCCACAUAACAGAAUGGACGGCGUUUAUGCUUAAUAGAGGAGAUAUAGCUAGAAUCAUGGAUCCUAAACUUCACGGUGAUUACAACUCUCGUUCUGUUUGGAGAGCUGUUGAAUUGGCUAUGUUGUGUACAAACCCUUCUUCAGAGAAACGACCCACCAUGUCCCAAGUUGUUAUCGAACUAAAAGAGUGUCUUUCUUCUGAAAACUCGAUGAAAGGUAAGAAUCAAGACACAGAAUCUCAUGGUUCAUUCGAAAUGAGCAUGAGCUUUGACACAAAAGCUGUGCCUAGUGCAAGGUAGUAUUUGCAAAGAAGCCUUGUUUGUGUCAGUGAUGUACUUGUGCUUUUGGUAUGGUUUUUUUUUUUGUCCAAGAAGUGCUUCAUUUUGUGAUUAAAAAAAUGAGAG